AUGGAUGCCGUACCAAGCCUGUCGUUUCCGUGGGACACGUUUGCAAAAUUGACUCCUCGCCCAUUUCUGCUCGCCCACCUGAAGCAGCAGCCUCCAAGCCGGCCCAGUGGACGCCAUCCUGGAGAACAUCGCAAACCUACCAUAAACACAGGCUCUCUGACGCACAGCAAUGGUAGUGCAGUGGUGCGUGUUGGAGAUACCGCAGUCGUUUGCGGUGUUCGUGGCGAAAUCUUGCUUGCGUCCGAAAUACCCCAUCCACCUUCCGAGAAUACCAACGAAAGUGCCCUGGUAGAAGAGCUCGGCCUGGUCGUGCCGAAUGUGGAGCUAAGCACGGGGUGUUCCCCGGCUCAUCUGCCUGGAAAUCCACCAAGCUCACUUGCGCAAGCACUCUCCUACCGCGUACUGUCUCUACUUCACAGUACCAGCGCAAUCGACUCCACGGACUUACGCAUCAAGUACACGGAGCCAAAGACCGACGACGAUAUUGCGGAUGAGGAGCMGAAGGUCGUCACCAAGGCUUACUGGACGCUAUACGUCGAUAUCCUCUGCCUCUCUCUCGAUGGAAAUGCAUUUGAUGCUGCGUGGCUGGCGGUUGUAGCAGCACUGCGGGACACUGUGCUUCCACAUGCAUGGUGGGAUGCCGAUCGAGAGGCCAUCCUGUGCUCUCCUCUCACUUCUGAAAGCCACCGGCUGAGCCUGCCCCGGCUGCCUCUUGCCGCUACAUUUGGAGUCUUCACAACAGCUUCGCCGUUGAAGAGGAGGGAAGAUGCCAGAAGUUGGAUCAUCGCUGACCCAGAUUCCUCAGAGGAAGACGUAUGUGACGAAACUGUGACUAUUGUUCUUGUACCCAACACAAACGGCGAAAAAAACGUGGUCAGAAUAGAGAAGAAUGGCGGGCGCUUCGUCAGUAAAGACGCUAUGAUCGAAUGCAUGCAAAGUGCAGAAGCACGCUGUACCGACCUCGAGAAUGCUCUACAAGAUUUAUGA